UCUGUCAUUUUAAAUCGAUUUUUGUGCAUUGCCGCGUUGUCUGAUGUAAUUUCCAGUUUUCAUGACUGGAAACUUUGUAAUCACCUCUAUUCAAAGUGAUUGAUAACGCGAUUAGUUGUCAAAAUGGGGAGGAAAUCGGAUCCGGAUAGGUUUAGUGUUACGAAAGAUGGGCUGUUUCCUGGAAUACUGUUUGCGCUGUUUGUGAGGCUAUGCGUGGCGGCGUACCCGUACUCCGGGUACAAGUCUCCGCCGAUGUACGGAGACUUCGAGGCGCAGAGACACUGGCAAGAGAUCACAGUUCACACUCCCGCUCUGUUCUGGUACCACAACACGACACAGAAUGACCUUCAGUAUUGGGGGCUCGACUACCCGCCGCUGACCGCCUACCACAGCUACCUCAUGGGCCUCGUCGCCGACUGGAUCGACCCGGAAUCAGUCAGACUCUUUGCCUCAAGAGGUUAUGAAGACGAAGUACACAAACUGUUCAUGAGACUUACGGUGUUCAUCAGUGAUAUUUACUUCUAUGUGUCCGCUGUACUAUGUAUCUGCAUUGAUAUGGAGAGAGUCAAGCCUAAGUUAGUGAAGAAUGUGUUUAAGAGAUGCGAUAUUGGAGUUAUUUUGUUGUUACUGUACCCCGGGCUGAUUCUGAUAGACCAUGGACACUUCCAGUACAACUGUGUGUCUCUUGGACUGUUCAUGUGGGCUACAUUUUUCAUUAUAGCCAUAGAGAACCACAUGCUGGCCACCACAUGCUUUGUUCUUGCCUUGAAUUAUAAACAGAUGGAGUUGUACCAUUCACUGCCAUUCUUUAUUUAUUUGCUAAGGAGUUGCUUCAAUGAUGUACACCAAAAGUGGAAAUUGUAUACUUUUAUAAAUCAAUUUAACAAGUUGACUGUUGUUGUAGUGUCUUGCUUUAUAAUUAUAUGGUUUCCCCUAGUUUCUUCAUGGAAAGAUAUAAAUCAGAUUAUAUUUAGACUGUUCCCAUUGAAAAGGGGAGUUUUUGAGGACAAAGUAUCAAAUGUAUGGUGUUUUGCGAAUGUGUUUAUUAAACUUAAGGAAAUUUACACCAAUGAGCAGAUGGCUAAGAUCUGCCUCUCAGCUACGGCUUUAGCUGGUUCCCUGUCUUGUAUAGACCUAUUCUUUCGUUGCAACAAGCAGAAGUUUGUUUUAUCCUUGAUAAAUGUAUCGUUAGCAUUUUUCUUAUUUUCAUUUCAAGUGCAUGAGAAGACAAUCCUUCUUGUUGCCAUCCCAGUGGCACUCCACCUGCCUGAUGAUCCAUUCAUGUGUUUCUGGUUCCUUCUCGUGUCCAACUUCAGUAUGCUGCCCUUGCUCAUCCGUGAUGGCCUCAUUGUACCAUUUGUAGCUACUACUUUAAUCUACAUGAUGUUCUUUAGCAUUUCAAUCAAAAUAGCUAACCCUAGCUCUGGUGUAUUUGCCAUGUUCAGUGCAUUCAAAGUUUACAGCUCUGUAAAACCGAACAAGUUAAAGAAUUCAAUGUUUUUGAACCUUUUGAGCUUGAAUUUUCUCUUCUCAUGUCUGGGUAUGGUUGGCUUGACAUUAGGGGCGAUGUUCAUUAAGCCCCUACCCAAGUUCCCAGAUCUCUGGCCUCUGCUGAUAUCUGUGUAUUCCUGUUCACAUUUUAUAUUAUUUUUCCUCUACUUUAACUACCAGCAGUUGUUGAUACCAAAGGCUCCGCAAGCUAAACCUAAGCUCAACUAAAGCUUUAACGUAAUUUUAAAUUGUACUUAAUAUGUACAUUCCACAAAAGUACUUUUGCAUUUUCCUAAUGUUAAUUCUAUUGAUAAUUAUCUUAAAAUGUUUUUUAUAUUAUUAAAACUUAGAUUUUAAAAGAAAUAAACGCUUAAAUUUUU